AUGAACGUUGCUGUUCAUUUUCAUUUGGACUCCAAGUAUCAUUUGCGGUCGGAAGAGUACCUUGAGAUGAAGCCGGAUGUGAAGACCUAUUUCCCGCCAGAACACGCUGACCAAGUUUCUGCUUCUUCUUUAAAGGAGCAGUGGCAGGAAACCGACGAGAUGAUCUGCUCCCUUCUUUGGGCAACAGAGUAUAAGAAGAAGACUCUGAAGUCAAAAUUCCAAAUUCCUGAGCGAACAGCUGUACUCAUGGAAGCUUUGAAGGAGCUCUACCCACCCCUGCCUGAUGACAUUCACCAAGCCGGACAGAAGGCACUGGACCAGUACAUGGACGAACUCAACCUAGACGAGGGUGGAGGCAACGUUGCAAAAGAAGUUUGA